GUCCAGACCCUUCAGAGACACGGACACGUCCAGAACACAAUGAUGGAGUUACUUAUUGUAGUGGUGGCCGCCCUGGGGCUCCUUAUUCAUGGUGAGGAUCACUGCUGAGACAGUUUUGAUCUCUCUUCUCCGUGUUAAAGAGAUGAUACUCUUCUUUUUGGACAUUUGACAUCUUCUUCGAGGACGCUGAAUAGCCUUUUCCUCUUUUUCUUAUAUUUCAGGUUCAUCAGGAGAUAUCACCAUGACUCAGUCUCCUGGAGCUCAGUCUUCUCCUCCAGGACAGACUGUUUCUCUCAGAUGUAAAUCCAGUUCAAGCAUUGGUACUAAUCUUGAUUGGUUUCUUCAGAAAACUGGAGAAGCUCCCAAACUCUUGAUUUAUUCAGCUUCAACUCGUCAGUCUGGAGUUUCGGAUCGUUUCAGUGGGAGUGGAUCUGGGACAGACUUUACUCUGACCAUCAGAGGAGUCCGGACUGAAGACGCCGGAGUUUAUUACUGUCAGCAGCGUAACAGCUACCCACUCACACAGUGA